CGACCUGAUCUGUAGCUCACUUCUCUCCAAUGCAAAAGCAGAACAGCAGGGGAGGUUCUGGGAUUUGAGGGCUUCCAUGCGGCGUCAUGCAGAGCCCAUCAUUGUCUCUCUCACACUUUCUAACAAGCCGUUUCACAACAUCCAGGCAGCGGAUCGGACUGUGCGCAGCAGCUUUGCCCUCAGGGCUGUUUUCCUUCUCGCCAUAACUAACACCCUGGAUGAGGCCAAUUACUUAGACUUAAUCUCUCUUAAUGUCUGCUUUCCGAUCGACUGAUGCGGAAUGAGUGAAGCGAUGGCUGGAGAGAUCCGAGUCCGCCGGGUGCGAGAGGUGGCAGCUUGAAAGGGAGAGACACUUUGAUUUGGCUGCAGAGAGGAGCUGCGCGCAGAGGAACUGAUCCUACGGACACCACCAUGUACGGAUCGGUGGAUUUUCCCCUCAAAGAGCCGCGGACUGCGUGUGAUUACGGAUUAGUGUGACAGUCUGGUGUCUGAGGGGAGUUUUUUCUUCUAUUUAUUUAUUUUUGGUCAGGGAUCUGCUUCCUCUCUGUUCGCUGUCCUCUGGGUUCCUGCAGAACUCCUGAGUUGCAGAGCCCAUGCAGCCUCAAAGGGAGAGGAGAGAAGCGCGACCCCGAGCUGGAUGGAUGGUUAUGGGGGAAAGAGGGAGACCUUCGGCGCUUGAUGUGUGCAAAGUCCUCGCUGUGUUUUUCACACUUUUCCCCUCCGUGAGCCUGCAGUGCAAGGUCAUCAAGUGUACCACUGAAUAUCUGGCCGUCACCUCAAACUCUGGACUCGGGGAGGAGGAGUACUGCACGGCUCUGCGGGUGUACAAAACCUGCGUGGGCCGACUGGCACGGAGCUGCAGGGGCGACCUGGCUUAUCAUUCUGUCCAGCAUGGCAUCGAGGACCUAAUGAACCAAAAGAACUGCUCCAAAGAGGGGCCGAUGUUCCAGCCGCAGGCCAGGACCCCGCCUCCUCCUCCCCCGCCUCCCCCCGUCCUUACCGACAGCCAGGAGCGCUCUGACGGCCCAGAGGUCUGCCAUUACGAGCGCAGUCUGACGCGCAGCUCGGCGCAGCCUAACUACACCCACUGCGGCUUUUUCGGAGACCCCCACCUCAGGACCUUUGGCGAUGACUUUCAGACGUGCAAGGUGGAAGGAGCCUGGCCUCUCAUCCAUAACAAAUUCCUGUCGGUGCAGGUGACCAACUCACCUGUGCUUCCAGGGUCCUUGGCAACGGCCACAAGCAAGCUGACAAUCAUCUUCAGGAAUUUCCAAGAAUGCGUCGAGCAGAAAAUGUACCAUGCAGAGACGGACGACCUGCCAGCAGCGUUCGCUGACGGCUCGAAGAACGGAGGUGACCGCUACGGCGCCAACACUCUGCGAGUGGUGGAGAAGGUUCCCGGGCAGCAUGUGGAAAUCCAGGCCAAGUACAUUGGAACAACCAUCGUGGUCCGGCAGGUGGGCCGCUACCUGACCUUCGCCGUGCGAAUGCCGGAGGAGGUGGUGAACUCGGUGGAGGAAGGCGACACCCAGGACUUGUAUUUGUGUCUCCAUGGUUGUCCAGCCAACCAACGCAUCGACUUCCGGAACUUCAGAGCCCGGGCGGCGGAGGCGACUCAGGGUGCCAGUAGGACCCGGGGCGUCGCUGGCACACAGGGCUUCACCUACAAGUCGGCAAAGGCCAAGUGCAAAGAACGGCUUCCGGUGGAAGAUCUGUACUUUCAGUCCUGCGUGUUUGACCUCCUCUCCUCCGGAGACAUUAACUUCACCCUGGCGGCGUACUACGCUUUUGAGGAUGUAAAAAUGCUCCACUCAAACAGCAACAGGUACCACAUCUAUGAGAAGGAUGCUCUAAGCAGUGCAGUACAGGGGAUCAGAGAUGUCCUUUCGGUUUUGGUCUUCAACCUCCUGGCCGUUUUACUGUGUGGCACAGUUUUUCUGUAGUUUGUCAGACACGGUGUCCUCAUGUCGCGUCUGUCAGUGAAAGUAGAAGUACCAUUUCUGUGUCGUAUAUCAUCCUCUGCAGCAGCUCAUUUUGGUGGUUCUGAUGUCUGCCUGAUGACAAGGUGACGCUCACCACUCUCUCACCCGCUUGUCAUCACAUGCAUUUAGCUGUUUUUACUCUUUGAAGAGAGCUAAGAGCUCAGGAUGUCCACCUGGGAUUAAAACGUAUGAAUAACCCUCAAGAUGAUCUUCUGCAGAAAGAGGGCUCCGCUGAUCCUCCCUCCUCUGAUCCACGCAUCAGUGCCAGGGCCAGCCGUGGCUCCUGCGGCUGAGCGGGGGGGAUUGGAGAGAGGGCGGGGAUUGGGACCUGACAGGGGGCUUUUGUUAACCUAAGGCCAGAGGCAGCUCCAUGUUUGAUUAGUUUCCAGCUUUGGAAAAGCCUAAGAUUUUGAUGGGGAGCUCCCAGCCAAAAGGAUGUCAGAGCAACGUCUCCAGUUGUCUGCAGCGUAGAUUAAUGAGUCAUAUUGUUAGGUUGUGUGUGUGUGUGCAUUAGUACAACAUGUGUGAAUAAUCCAGCAUCUGUGGUUAAUUUGGAGUUCUUUUGAGAGCAGGAUUUUCCAUAUAUUUAUACAUAUAUAUGGAGAGAGUGAGAGAGAAUGUGUUGCUCCAAGAAUUUUUUUGAGAGACAUAAAAGACAAAGCAGCCUCCUUCUGCCAAAUUGCUAACUGGAAUUAGUAGAAAUGUGUCGUUUAUCCGUAACACACAACCGUUCUUUCUAUUGUUUAAGCUGACAGUGUUUGUCUUUCAAGCCUGAGAGCAGGAGAGAGAACCAGCGUUAGUGUCGCUGUGGAGGAGGUAGAUCAGCCCAUCGGGCUGUGACAGCUCCAUGUUAACAACGAUAAAGAUGGUGGCUGUUUCGACUCAGCAGACGUCACCUCUGGUUAGCUUUAAGCACUUGCAGACCGAGAACUGACUGAGUCACAGCGGCUGAACAAUAAGCACAUCUGUAAGAGAAGGGGGGGAAAAAAGGAAAAGGUGAUCUCAUGGCAGAGUUUGUUGCCAAAGUACGCCCCACUGUGCCAACGUUUGCCUCCUCACAUCUGAUUUUUCAGCCUCAAACUCUUCACAUUAAGGGAAACUUCAUUGUAUAUAAACUCGUGUUUACCAUACAGUGAUGAAAUACAGCUUCUUUUUUUCUUCCUGGUGUGUUCGUGUUAUUACAUGCUCCUCGUUGGAAGAAGUCUUUUAGCUGCAGCAUCUGAUCCGUGUUGUUGAAGCCCUCUGGGCUUUACGGUCGUUUAUCGUUUACGCUGAAGUAUCGCCAGGCCUCUUUCACUGCUGUUCUGAAUAUGUCUUCUAAAUACGCUCCAACAAGAAAAAACUAGUGUUGUUUAACUUUUUGUUAAUAGGUGUAACUGUGUUUUACAGUCUCUGGUUCUACUUGUAUUCUGUGAGAAUUGUACAUACAUUUUUGUGCAUUGUUGUGUUGAGAUUUACAUAUUACAGAUUUUUUUUCAAAGUUAUCCCUUCAGAUUUGUGCAAAAAAUUUUUUUAGGUGAAUGUGAGCCUCUUAUUCUGAAAAAAAAAAGUUUUUUUAUUAUUGUUUUUCAACACAAAUGCCACAGAGCUGUCUUAAAGACGGCACACCUUAACCGAAUGAGUCUCUCACUUGUUUAGCGUAGAUGUUUUCACUCAGCUCACCUUCCUGAAAAAAAAAGAAUGUAGGACACUGUUCUGUGGCAUUUGUAUGUUUGAGUUUGAUGCACUUUAUGUUUUGUUUUUUUUUUCAUUCUGAUGUUUUAAACGAAUUGUACAAAAUAGCUGACCGGGAUAGGCCAGAAAGAUCAAACUGUGUAAAUCUUAUGUGGUUCCACAUGCCAACUGUUGAUAAUGUAAGUUAUUUAUUGAAUAAAAGAGAAAGUCUUGUCUAUGA